AUGGCCAACGCAAAUAUCGGUCUAUAUGCCGAUGAAAAUGCUACUUUCCGAGUCCGCCGAGGUCUUGAAUUCCCUGUGCCCGGGGAUGGAGAACUCAUAAUCGAGACACAGUUCUCGGGGGUAAAUCCGGCUGAUGUCAAACAUGCCACUCAACUAGGCAUUUACCCGGCUGUACUGGGUUACGACUUCUGCGGGAAAGUGCUCCGGGCACCGCCCCAGUCGUCCUUUGUCCCAGGUGACACUGUUGCCGGAUAUACUCCUACCGGUCUCAACCGACCAGCUGGAUAUGGGACCCAUCAGCGAUACUUGGUCUGUCCCGAAGAGAUGGCAUUUCAUGUUCCUGCAAACCUUCCGCUGCAGCAUGCGGCAUGCCUUGGCGUUGUGGCUAUGACAGCUGCUGAUACGCUCUAUAACAUUUUCAAGUUUCCUCCGCCAGACAACGGAGACACUAGGAAGAUAAGAGAACCAGUGUUGAUCUGGGGCGCAUCCAGCAGUGUUGGUCUCUGCGCAGUGCAGCUCGCCCGGGCCAGCGGUAUUUAUCCGAUCUUCGUCACUGCAUCCCCACAAAGACACCAACUUCUUUUGGAACUCGGAGCAACGCAGUGCUUUGAUUAUCGAUCUGCCGAUGUGGCUUCGCAAAUAGAGUCGGCGGUCGAGGAAGGACACUGGGAUCCUAUAGGUUAUGCUUUCGACGCGGUUGGAAGUUACACAGGAACCGGCUCAGCAAACCUUAUGGCAGAGUGCGUUUCGGAAAAGGCAAAUCUUGUCUCUGUUGUUGUCCAGCGUGAUCCUCGGUUCAAGAUGCCCUUUGCUACACCAAACCGUGACUCUACUAUUCGGGUUCAUGGGGCUCCUCAUCCUAUUACGAUUCCAGCUCGACCGUCUGAUUAUGUCCGUGCAUGGAAGGCUCUACAAUGGGCGGUUGCGAACUACGGUGCGGUAUUCCGAUUCCCAUCUGUAGAUGUGGUUAAGGGGACAGCCGAAACUGCACUCGAACAGGUGCAAGCUGUGGGUGAUGGUGCACGAGGGUUUGGGAAGCUGGUCCUUGAGCAUCCUUUGCUGUAGGGAUAUAAAGGUGGGACAUUCCAUGGAUGGAAUAGAUCCCUUGCCAUGUGCCUCACGGUAUCUAUUGCAGGCAAAUUACAGUUGGGGCAGAUAUUGCAGAAGGUAU